UUCAUAUUUGAGAUUUUGCUCAGUGUUUAUAAGAAAGUUAUUUAAUUAAAAUGAAUUUUUAUAAAUAUUUUACGAUCUUGCUCAUUGUGGUUUUGUGCUUGACGGUGCCUCAAACAGAGGCAGGUUUUCGCAAAAGAUUUAACAAAUUGGUGAAAAAAGUGAAACACACUAUUAAAGAAACUGCCAAUGUUUCCAAGGAUGUUGCAAUAGUGGCUGGUAGUGGGGUGGCUGUUGGUGCUGCCAUGGGUUAAAUAAUUUAAUAUUUAAUUGUACUAACUAAAAAUCUAAAUAAAUUAUAAAUGUGAGUGAUCAAGCCAGAAAA